AUGUCUCUACCUACCACCCGUCAGGCCUGGCGUCGAACCGACGACUACACCCCUGGGACACCCAAGGUGAAACUCGUCACAGAGGACCUCCCCCUUCCACUUCACCCCACGGCCGUUCUGAUCAAGAUCCACGCUGUGGCACUCAACUACCGCGACGCCAACAUCGCCAACGGAGGAAACCCUUGGCCCGUUACCCCCAACGGUGUUCCUGGUAAUGACGCCGCCGGAGAGAUCAUCUCGGUUGGUGACCGAGUGUCGCUUGUGUCUGUAGGAGACCGAGUUGCUCCCAUCACAGACUCCGAGUAUGUUACUGCCCGCUCGACUGGUCGGUCUUGGCUCGCUGCCAACGAGGAUGGUACUUUGGCUACCUACAUUGUCUUUGAUGAGAAGCUCGUCACCAAGCUGCCUGAGCACCUCGACUGGGUCCAGGCCAGUAUCAUCCCUUGCGCUGGAACAACCGCCUGGUCUGCCCUUAAGGGCGCCACCAUCGGCCAGACUGUUCUGAUCCAGGGCACCGGCGGUGUCUCCACCUUUGCUCUCAAGUUGGCCCGCGCCUCUGGUCUCAGGGUCAUUCUGACAUCGUCCAGCGACGAGAAGCUUGAGCAGAUCAAGAAGCAGUUUGGCAAGCCCGAGAUCCAGACUGUCAACUACAGGACACACCCCGAGUGGCAGCAGGAGGUGCUCCGCCUGACAGGAGGUAUCGGUGUCGAUCUCGUCGUUGAGAACGGUGGCAGCAGCUCCCUCGUUAAGAGUAUGGAGUGCACACGCCGCGGCGGUAUCGUCAGCCAGGUUGGCUACCUCGGCGGACCUAAGCCCGAACAUCUCAAGGAGUUUGUCUCGACCAUCAUCGACAGGCGACUGAACGUCCGAGGAAUCAAUGCCGGCUCCAAGGACGACCAGGACGAGUUGAUGGCUGCCAUCUCGGCUACUCAAAUGACCUUUGAGGAUAUUCUUGACUCAGUGUGGUCGUUUGACAAGUCGGACGAGGCCAUUGAGUUUGUCUGGCAGGGCAAGCAGGUUGGAAAGGUUGUCAUCAAGUAUGACUAG